UUCCUACAGGUGUUGCAUGUGUUGUUUAUUUUUCUCCUACAAAAGCACGUUUUGCCGAAGAAUGAAUCAUCAUUUAGAUUAGGUCUUGGCCGAUUUUCAUCAUCCUGUGUGUUCUGCUGCUGAAAGUGACAAGUUUUUGAAUCUAGAAUACAUGUUUCACAUUUGAAAAGGAAAAAAUAAAAGUAAACAAACAAUGCCCCUGCAAGCCUGGUGGGCCUAGUCACUAGUGGUAGGCCCUCCCCUGGCCCAGGGCCUGGCCUGCAGGCUGCAGUGAUUUUUGAAUGCAAUGUGGACAUGAUCAGCAGUGUAUGAGUGACAUAAUGGAUAUGCAUGGCUGGCCAACAAGUCAGUAAUUUAUAGAUUAUUUACUAAAAACUUUACAUCCAUCAUCCCAGUCCCACUCCCAGGACAUGCAGGAUGGACGAACACUGAACGGAUAACUUUAGUUUCCUCUGUGAUAUUCCUAAAGUUAAUCCUAGAUGUUGACAACAGGUGGAGUGGCCGUGUUUCUGGGGACAUGGGCAUCGCUGUAUCUCCUCGAUGCUUUCUUGAAGACAAAUGAAAAGUUCUCAAGAGCAUACACCUACUUCCUAGAGCGAUGUGGUGUGACUGUCUCUAUUGGUCAAAUCCGAUGGUAUACCACGUGUAUGAAUCGCCUCUUCCUCCGUCUCGGCCAGAUGAAACCGAGAUUUCUACGAUGGUGGUUCACGUGUGGCGUGCUCUUUGGUCUGAUUGCGAUGUUCUUGGCCAUCUUCCUUCUCUCUCUCAUGAUCUUCAACACGUUCCGGCGAGAACAGCAUGUCGAACAGCAAGUCCUCACUCCUGUAAUGCCCGGUGUGAAUCUCCCAAUGAGCCAAGUUGGUUACUAUCUGAUGACUCUGUUAGUGUGUGGAAUCCUGCAUGAGGUUGGCCAUGCUCUGGCUGCAGUCAGAGAGCAAGUUCGUGUGAAUGGUUUUGGCAUCUUCUUCCUUGCGCUGUAUCCUGGGGCCUUUGUGGACCUUUAUACAGAACACCUCCAGGUCAUCUCUCCACUCAGACAACUUAGGAUAUACUGUGCUGGAGUAUGGCAUAAUUUCAUCAUAGUCCUACUUGCCAUAGCUGUACUGGGGGCACUGCCAUGGUUAUUGAUGCCAUUUUAUACGACAGGAAAUUCAGUGGUGAUAACUUAUGUUUUAGAGAAAUCUCCUGUUGAUGGUCCACGUGGGCUAAAUGUUGGUGAACACAUCACCAGCUUGAGUGGAUGUCGAGUGACGAGUGUGGACGCCUGGCAGCAGUGUGUUCAGAAUAGCAUGUCUAAAGCCGUGACUGGCUACUGUAUACCUAGCGAUCAAAUCAAACAGCAGGAUACAUCGAGUCAUAGUUUUACCACAUCAUCUGGGAAUGUCGAAUGCUGCUCAAAUAUUAGCCAGACUCACAUAUGUUUUGUAUAUCAUUCAAAAGCAGAAUCAAAAAAGCAAUAUGCGUGCCUCCCAGCCCGUGCUACCAUUGACAACAAACAAGUGUGUACAUUACCAAGUGACUGUUACAAUCCAAAGAGGGAACAUUCCUGUGUAUAUCCUUCCCUGGAUAACACAACACGCAUCCUCAAGGUUGUCCACGGUCGUAAAACACCGCUCUUGUUUUUGGGACAUCCUUUAGAUUUGCUGUAUUCAGUAACCGUAGGAGAUUAUGUGCCUGACUCUAUCCUGGUCCCUGUGAGUCUACCGUAUGUGCUGGAAACAUUCUGUAAAUAUCUCAUAUCACUCUCGGGUGCCUUGGCCAUUCUCAACGUGGUGCCAUGUUAUGCUCUAGAUGGACAGUGGAUUUUAUACGCUUUCAUUGAACUGACUUUGAGCCCUGUCUUAAAUCGAGAAAAUAGAGGAAUAGUAUUCACAAUAUUACUGUUGUGUGGGACGUUGUUGAUUAUGACGAACAUUGUCAUGGCUCUGUGGAGUCUCUUUAAUUUUCGGUAGCACCUGAUGAAGACUUGUCCCAAACAGUCUGUCCCAAGUUAACCUGGUUUUUGAGCACAGGUGUGAAAAUGUCCGUAUUUGCACAAUGAGAAAUGAUAUUCAACACUGCCAAAACAUUGGGAGGGGGACCAUUAAGAAUACCUAAUUAUGGUUGUUGUUUUUAGCUGUACAUUUUGUAAUGA